AUGGACCUCCAGAAUGCUCCCCGACAGCGCUCGUCGCCUGCCAACGACCAUUCAUCACCGGCGUCUUCUGUGCAGAACCAUCAGAACAUGCAGCAGCAGUUGUUUAUGGCCCAGCAGCAGGGUAUGCCACCGUCGCCCUACACGUUCCCGGCCCAGCAGCAGGCUCAAGGCAGCUGGACGCCGUCAAUAAAUGCCACCCCUUUCUACCCGUCGUUUUACCAACAGCAACUGCAGCAGCAGUCGCCUCAGUCAUAUCCCUCACCAUUGCCGCAGCAAGCUCCGUAUUUUGACCCAGCGAAUGCGCAACUGGCACAGUGGGCGUACCAGCAGAUGCUCUUCAACGCCCAGCAGCAUGGGUAUUCAGCGCUGCCCCCGCAGCAUGCACUGCAAGCACAACGGGCCGGUGGUGGUCAACUAGGUCCUAGCGAUUAUUUUGCCAAUCAGAUACCCUCUCCCUUUAACAACUUUCCUAGCGGUACGCCGCCCCCACACAACCCUAGAGGUGGCGCUGGCGACCACCAAGGACAGACUCCUCAAUAUCCUGGCUUCCAUCCUUAUCGUCGACCGAACCGCCAGCAAUCACACAAUAGCUCUGACAACAACAACGAUUGGCGUUCCGGUGCAGGCCACAAUCAACUACCCCAUGCUCCUUACAUGCGAUCAGACGCAUCUGGCUCAACUUCCUCAGUAAACUCCACAGGAAGUCGGCAGCGAACAAACAGUAACCAAAGCGGUCACAGCGGUCACAGUGCACCUGCUACUGGCCCCGCAAGUAGGUCACGGAGUAACACCGCUUCCAGUGCUGCCUCCAGCUCAGCUCGCGGCUCACCCUCUCCCGCCCAAUCCUCGUCCCCAACUCCAAGUCCCCUUCGUAACCACCAUAAUCGCAAUGGAUCGUCUUCCUCAUCAAACUCGUCGGCAACAACAACAACACGCCCGUCGGGAAUCACACCAUCAGUCCCUACAACCGCUACUUCGCCCACCACGACAUCAGCUUCAUCUUCCAGUUCUUCACCGGCCCCGCGUUUAACGCGACCGUCGCCGCUGUCACAAGGCAACUUUACCGCUGAGAAGCGCAUGUCCCGUGACGAUAGUGACCUGGCAGCGAUGCUUUCCCCGCCUCCAGAUGCUACUUCCUCCCGCAAUGGCGGAUUAAAGUCGAGAUUGCGGCGCGCGUUAUCUUUCAAUCCAUCGCAAACAUUUAGGGAACCACUUAAAGAAGAAACGGAGGAUGAUGACGAUGCGUCCAUCAAGGCAUCUGCUAUCAAUGGCGCUUCUAGCAAACCCAAGAGCAAGUUCCCAGCUGCUGCUGGCUCUUCAAAGCUUGAUUCUAGCCAAUCCGGUCUCGUUGACGACGGCGCCUCGACAGCAACUGUCCAAACGAAAAAGAAGGGUCGAGCGGCCUCCCUCUUCAACGCGCGGUUCAACGCCUCGACUGACAACAUCUCUCUGUCGUCCACCGUCAGCAGCGCCAGUGUCAUGAUUCGGAAGCUCGGUUCGUUGGGGAACUUGGCGAGGCGGAACUCGUUAGCGGGUAUUACGUCUCUCUUCAAGGACAAGGACAAGGACGGGGAUAGGGACAGGAAGGGAAAGAAGAAGGACAAAAAGGGCGCAAAGGCAGAGGCGAGCGAGGCGAGCGUGUCCCAUGUUACAGCCGAGUUGGACCGCAGUGGUGACUGGAGCACCUCUGCUGAUCUCAAUGGGCUCACACCCGCAGCCAAGCUCGCUCGUCAGCACACCCUCAAAAGCAACGCGGAGGCUGCUGCUAAAGCUAAAGCGGAGAAGGAAGCUGCUGCUGCCGCCGCCAGCAAUGGCUCGACUGUCAAUGGGACUGGGGGCAUAAAUGGAACGGCAGUUGGAGUUCCUGCCUGGGACAAAAAUACGGCAACUAGAAAUGGCGUCCCAUCUCCGACACAACCUGGGCCUGGCAUCCACAUCAACGAAGACGGUACCCGUGUUCUGGUAGAAGAAGAUGAAGAGGAAAGUGACGAUGGGCAUUAUGCUUCAUCUCAUGGUCAUCAGAACUAUAACACUGAUGGAUGGGACGACGACGAUUGGGAUGCAGACCCUGAAGAGGAUGUGACUAUCCGACAAGGACUUCAGCGCGCAAGUUUGGACAGCAACGACGAAGUUGAGCCAUGGGCAGUCGACGUCAGGCGAAGCAUAGAGCGGACUAAGAUGCCCAAGAAGGGUAUACUGAAAAACGCCCAGAACUACUGCCAGUCCAACUAUGGUCCCAACAGCACCCUAUCCCAAACACGGACGCGAUCAAACUCGUACAACUCUCCUGGAACCCAAUCAGAGUUGGGACCGUUGGCCCGCAUUCCCUCUCCCGAUCCUGACCACAUCGAUGGACUCCACAGGCAUGGCUCACACUCUACUCAACACAGUUCGUCACAGGCGACUGAAUCAGUACCCUCCUUACCCCCACUCUCCUUUGACUCAAAUUCAUCACCAAUCGCCAUGUCCUUCCCAUCAAGCGCGAAAGAACUUCCAGAUACACCAUCGGGUUCUGCACACUCAACAGAGCAGGGGAAUAGAACGUCGAUUUUCCAGAAUCCAAGCUUCAAUUCAUCUGCGCCGGUGCUGUCCAACAUCGCCUCUCCUGCAUCAACGAUGCCACCACGCUCCGCGACAGCACCCCAGAAGCGAUUGACUUUCGCCACCAGCCUCGCUGUUUACGAUACGUUUGCAGCUACGGUCUAUGAUCGUCGCAGCGAACCCGCUACAUGGAGUCGACUCACCCCUGCUCUGGCGCAGCGGAUAAAAGAGGAAUUAAAUUCCUACAAAAUGGAAGAGAUGGAAGUGCACGCUGCUAGUCGCAUUCAUACCCAAUUCUUCGUCUAA